ACAAGGAGAAAGAGCAUGCAUACCUGAGAGAGAAAUAAGGAUUAUGGGACUUCUGUGUGUCUAUAUCUAACCGUACUCUGGGGCCAAAAUUGCAGAAUAAUAGUUCAGCUGGUCUGCAGCGGAAACAAAAGAAACAGAACUCACUCAUUCAACAGACAGACCGCACGCAAUGCUUCAGCGGCAGUUUUCACACAUCAACAGUCGUGAGGAUCAAGAACUUGCCUUGAAGUACGGAUAACAGCGGACUGGCCGUGGGAAUGAACUCCAACAAUACAUACAGCUGUGACUGGGUGUGUUGGGUCCAGUGGUGUGUGUAUGUGCCCAUUAUGGUUUUCGGCCUCCCCCUGAACCUGGCUGCUCUGUGGCUGCUGCUCUUUCGUGUUCGACGCUUGAGCGAAUCCAUGGUUUACCUCAUCAACCUGAUCAUCAACGACUGCCUGCUGAUGCUGUCUCUGCCCUUUAAGAUACAUGCAUACAAGAAGCCCUGGACUCUUGGUAAUACCUUCUGCUCCCUGCUGGAGAGCCUGCUCUACGUCAACAUCUAUGGCAGCAUAAUGCUGAGCGUUUGCAUCGCGGCCGACCGCUACAUCGCUCUUCAGUUUCCAUUUGCUGCGCGCCGUUUGCGAUCUCCACGCAAGGCAGUGCUCGUGUGCCUGGUCAUGUGGGUGGUGCUAUUUGGAUUCAGCACCCCCAUCUACAAAUUUCACGAUUAUUCAAUCAACACAACUUACUGCUUCCAGGAUUUCUCCAACGGAACUUGGUCGAAAAGUUGGAUUCUGGUCUCUAUGGAGACAGUGUUUUGCAGCAGUGUCAUAUUAAUGGUGUUCUGCUCCGUGCGCGUGGUGCAGAUUCUGCACCACUUGAGGGCACGCAAUCCAGGCGAUGCCAAACUGCGCAACAACAAGAGCAUGAAGAUCGUCCUCAGCAACCUGGUGGUCUUCCUCACAUGCUUCAUUCCUUACCACAUAGCGGCGCUGAUGUACUUCCCUGCCAAGACAAGCAAUCUGAACUCAAACAGCAUCGAUAAACUGCGCUAUUUUGUUCACAUAAGCAUGUGUAUUAGCAAUAUGAACAUCUUGGCAGAUGGCGCAUGUUACUACUUCAUUCUUAAAGAGAACCUGGAGUCUGCAAAGCGAGAGAGGAGAAUGGCUAUACGCACCAGAGAGAUGCGCAUACGAAGUUCAAAUUGUCAAAUGUUAUUUGGCGAAAUGAAUAAUGGUACGUCCACAGACACUGAAAAGAUGGAAAUAUGUGUGGUUACUGAUUUUACAUAAAGACCUACAGGGGAAUUCAGGAAAGCCGAAAUUCUAGGAUGAUUAAUCCUACACAGCAAAGGAAGAUGGUACACAGACAUGUUCAUAUGGAUGAGCUGAGUGUGCAGGUGGAUGGGAAGUACUGUAUACACUGUAAAAAAAAAUAAAAAAUCCAAAACAGAUAAUGUAGCCUACUGGUAGAAAAUGACCUGGACAUUAUCCAGUAAUUUCACGGACAUUUCCGUUAACCCUAUAACACAACGCAAUGAAGUUCAAAAUACAGGUAAAACACGAAAAAUUCUGUAAAAUUAAUACAGUACAUUGUGCCCUAUUUUAAACACAGGUGUGAUUUUUAAAACAAAAUUUAGCUGUAUUUUUAUUAUUAUUAUUAUUAUCAGUUUUUUAAAAUCACGUACUUCUAUUUAUAGCUUAUGCCAUGAUAUACAAUAUUUUUAGUAAAUUUUAUGUUUACUUAACACCUCCUUUGAAAACAAAAGAGGUGUCCGGACUGGGUCACAUUUUACCCCAAAAAUAAUAAUAAAAAUGAAAGUAUAUUUUUAUGUUGAGUCUACUAUAUUGGUACCCUCUAGUUUUUUGCAUUGUGACAUUAUUUUCAAGACAGUUAAGUUAAUUUUACCCUCCAAUUCUCAUUAUUGUGAUGCAAAAUAAAAAGUCUCAUUCUCGUUACUGUAACAUUAAAAUUACCAGGAAUAUUAAAAAUAAAUAAAUAAAUAACUAGAAAUUAUUUUUAUUUAUACAUAAAAAACAUGUUAUACUGCCUUUAAUUAACUUUAAAAAUUAGGCCUAUUUUCUUUAAAAAACAUUACAAAAAGCAUUAAUCAGAUUAAUCAACAUAAUUACAAAUUAGCCUACAUGCAGGCUAUUACAGUGAUGAGAAUAACCAUUUAAGAAUAAUUAAGAAAAGAUGGGGGUUUUUUUGUAUUUUCAAUGUACUAAAGCAUAAUAACACCAUAAUACGUUUGCAGAGAUUUAGGAAACAUGCUAAGUUCAAAUACUUGUUUCUCUGAAAAACGACAGCCAGUUAUUUUACUUUAAAAUGUGCGCUCCGUGUCGGAAUGUCUGUUUUUGUUUUGGUCUGUGUAAUUCCGUCCACUCACUACCACUUUACCCAAAAGUAUUUCGACACCCCGGGUUGCCAGUUGGCGAAAAACACAGCGUAUUGCAGCAAUGGAAGCAAGCAAACAAACUGUGUCUGAGAUCGCAGUUGAGUGUCCUCAAUCUGGCAUCCCGCGUGAGCGUCGAGUCUGAGGAGGAGGGGGCGAGAAAACAACUCUCUCCAAUAUUUUGAAUUUGAACUGCAGUACCCAUUUCAACCGCUAGCUGUCAAUAUUUCGUGCACCUUUUGUCCUGAAAAUGUCACAAUGCAACAAAGGUCCUAUUUGUAGACUACAAUUUGCUUGUGCAAAAUAUUAAAAUACUGUUUCAACAGAUUUAAUCCAAGAGAAUAUUUUGAAACCUGAUUAUGAAAGUCUGUUUUAGGAACGUGCACCUGUUUUCUUGAUUCGUUUGGUCCAAACUCUCAUGUUCCUCUUCUCACCAGCAGAGGACGACCUUCUGCUUCCAAUGAUUUCCAAAGCUCGUCAGCCAACAAGAUGUUUAUAGCUCACAUAAAGUGAGUUCAGUGACAGUGUUCAUGUUUAAAGUAAUGAUUAACUUUAACACUACUUUCCUAACAUAGAAUAAAGUUUAAGUUGAUGUCAAAGGUUCCCAUUCUAAAGCAGAAGCAUUUGAUUGAAAUGUGCAUCGAAAUGUGUUAUGAGAGAGUAAAGGUUAAAUGCAACCGACAGGGAGUGUCUUGUUUUAUAGCAGGGAAGUUUGACAAAACACUACAUUUUGUUUUUUAUUUCAAAUCAAGUUUAAUGCUGUAUCCCUGACUGAAUGUGUUUUGUUUUUCUACAAAAGGUGCUCUGAUUAUUAAUCUGUACUUCUGAUGUUCUGUUGUCACCAUCUCUUUUUGUCUGUUUGAUACUCAUGCUAUUUAUUACAAUAAACAAGACUUUGUAUUAAAAUAUA